AUGAUGCUGAGGACAAGCUGUGGGGGAAGCCAUCUCAAGACUGACAGCUCAGCGCUCGUCUUGUCUCUGGCUGUGUAUUUCCCACCCCGCCCAGGAUGGCGCACAGACAUGCCAGGGCUGGCGGCCAGGAGCUUCACUGUCCUGAUCCCCAAAGUCCCUCUCCAGGGUCCGGGCCACAAGGGCCACGCUCCAUUUUCUUCCCGAGUGCUCUCUUCCUUUCUAGGUUGCUGGGGAGAAAUGGGUGCCCUGUGGUUCCCCUCCCCUUCUCUUCCAGUAACUACCUGGACAAGGGAACCUGAAUCCCUGGGUGAAACAGAGGGAACAGGGGUGGCCAACUUUCCCCUUCUCAUGGUGGGACUGAAUUUUGGGCUCAGACACCAGCAAUAG